UGUAAGGUAGCUUUCGGAAGAAGUCGUGAAUUGAUAUCUUGUGCUUUAGGGCCACAUAACGGCUCCACCGCCUAGCUCUUCGUUUAUCGAAGGUCCUCAUUUGGAAACUCUGCACUUGUCCGAAGUGACGGUGAACCCUCCAAAUGUGAAGGUGGGCCCGGAGGAUUUCGAAUUGCUACGGGUUUUGGGCAAGGGUGGCUAUGGCAAGGUGUUCCAGGUGCGUAAGAUCACCGGAAACGACGCGAACAAGAUUUUCGCGAUGAAAGUGUUGAAAAAGGCGACCAUCGUCCGUAACCAGAAGGACACGGCCCAUACGAAGGCGGAACGUAAUAUUCUGGAAGCGGUGAAGAGCCCGUUCAUCGUCGACCUGAUGUAUGCCUUUCAAACUGGUGGUAAACUCUAUUUGAUCCUUGAGUAUCUGAGCGGCGGAGAACUGUUUAUGUACCUGGAACGCGAGGGGAUCUUCAUGGAAGACACAGCGUGCUUCUACUUGUCAGAGAUCAUCUGUGCACUCGCGCACCUUCAUCGCGGCGGCAUCAUUUAUCGUGAUCUUAAGCCGGAAAACAUUCUCCUGGAUUCGAAGGGUCACGUGAAACUAACUGAUUUUGGUCUGUGCAAGGAGUCGAUCGAGGGUGACGCGAUGACCCAUACGUUUUGUGGCACCAUCGAGUACAUGGCACCGGAAAUACUUAUGCGAACCGGUCACGGAAAGGCGGUCGACUGGUGGAGUCUCGGUGCUCUUAUGUACGACAUGCUGACUGGCGGGCCUCCAUUUACGGCUGAAAAUCGCAAGAAAACGAUUGACAAAAUAUUGAAAGGAAAAUUGUCGUUGCCUCCAUACCUAAGCAUUGAAGCUCGGGAUCUUAUAAAAAAGCUUUUGAAACGUCACGUACAAAGUCGUCUUGGCGCAGGACCGGAAGACGCUGAGCCCAUUAAGAGUCAUCCGUUUUUCCGGAACCUUAUUUGGGACGCGGUUCAGGCUCGAUCCUUGGAACCUCCUUUCAAGCCAAAUAUCGUUUCUGACGAGGAUGCCAGCCUGUUCGAUACCAGAUUCACAAAGAUGACCCCUGUUGACAGUCCAUGUGAUUAUUCGCUGUCGCGAAGUGCAAAUCUAGUCUUCGAAGGCUUUACGUACGUCGCCCCUUCCGUCUUAAACGAACUCCAUAAACCGAAAUUAGUAAAAGCAAUUUCACCUAGAAAAGUCAGACUUUUAAGCGACGAAUUUUCAAAGGCGUCCGAAACCGAGGCAGAAUAUCCUGAGGCAAUGGACGUCAUUUCCGCUGAACAGAAGUAUGCUUUUAUUUCUGUUAUUCUGUGA